AUGGAAAUUGCUCAAGCCAGUAAAGAAACUUUGAAAAACCUGUACGAGCCUCCCUGGAGACGUAUAAGCUUCAUAGGUAUUGCAGGCCCUUCUGGAAGUGGAAAAACCUCAGUCGCUCGAUUAAUUGUAAAAGCCUUGAAUUUACCCAAUGUGGUGAUCUUAUCCUUGGAUUCCUUCUAUAAGCCUUUGACCGCUGAGCAGAAACAACAAGCUUAUCGAAAUGAAUAUGAUUUUGAUUCCCCAGACGCCAUUGACUGGGUUUUGUUAUUUAAUGUUUUAAUAGAGCUCAAACGAGGUCGUAAAGUUGACAUUCCCAUAUAUAGUUUUCACGAUCACGACCGCCUUCCUGAAACUUCCACUUUGUUUGGUGCAAGUAUAAUUGUCAUAGAGGGAAUCUUUGCUUUAUACGACGAAAAAGUUCGCUCCCUUCUUGAUGUCUCUGUCUUUCUCGAAACUGAUUCAGACGUUUGUUUAUCUCGUAGAUUGAACAGAGAUAUUAAUUACCGUGGUCGUGACAUUCGGGGUGUGCUUCACCAGUAUGAUCGCUUUGUCAAACCAAGUUACGAUAAUUUUGUACGGAAGCAAUCGAUUUAUACAGAUAUAAUUGUUCCCCGUGGUCGUGACAAUAAAGUGGCCAUCGAAAUGGUCAUAAAAUUUAUUAAGAGGACUUUGUCUGUUCAAAGCCGAAGUCACCGGGAAAACAUCGAUUCUUUACAACAGAUUGUUCCUACCAUCCCGAAUUUACCUUUAAAUCUUGUGCAGCUCCGUCAAACUCCUGAAAUUGAAGCUAUCAAAACCAUACUCGUAAACAAAGAAACUGACGCUGAUAAUAUGCAGUUCUAUUUAAGUCGCAUAGGAACAAUGUUAAUGAACCUGGCUGGCGAUUCCUUAAUGUAUGAGGAAAAAGUUAUUACGCUACAUAACGGGGAUACAUGGAAAGGAUUGCAAUUAGCAAAAGAGCUUUGCGGCGUUUCUGUUUUGGGGUCUGGUGGUACUUUGGAAACAGCCCUUUGUCGACAGUUUCCUAACGUGCGGUUGGGAAAAGUACUUGUGCGUGUGAAUCAAGUCACCAAUGAACCAAGUCUUCAAUAUCAUAAACUUCCCCGGGGGAUUGCUGGGACAAAUGUAAUUCUUAUAGCUUCUCAAUUGACAACCAGCACGGAUGUAUUAAUGGCAACUCAAAUCUUAGUUGACUUUGGUGUACCGGAAGAAAACAUUAUUAUUGUAGUCUAUGUGUCUUUUGUGGAAAGCAUCAAAACAUUGGGUUUUAUAUUUCCCAAAGUCACGAUUGUUACAGGGUUUUUGGAGACUGCUGAGGAUGCAGUAAUGGGUAAAUUAAAUUUAGAGAAGACGUUUUAUGGAUGUUAA